AUGAGGCUCCCAACCGACCACCCCAAACUGGGGAGCGAAAAGACUGGAAGCCUCCCCCAUGCAAAGAAACCCAAACCCAGAGAACCACGCGGUUUCCGCGACUACUUCCUCUUCCCAGGCCGGUCACUCCCAACAUACACCGGGCCAUACCCAGUCGGUACGAUGGAAAUCGAAGUCCCAGCAGAGAAUCCCCACCCGUUCUCACACAUCAAACGCCACCAUCGACAUUUACUCCAGCUGGAAACCGUCCUCAUGACAAUCUACUAUCCAGCCUCCGUCUUCGGCUACACGGCCGAGCAGACGCCCCCGAAAGCAGAUGCGCCUAAGCGCCGCGCCGCACACUCGCGGGAACUCUGGCUCGGCCGGCCGCGGAUCAGCAUUGCAGAGGGGUAUGGACGGUUUGCGGGCGUGGGGCCUCUGGCGAUUCCAGUCUUCCUCCCGACGAUGUACACGAAACUGCCGGCCUGGAGAAACUCGCCUUUGGCGCGGUACUGGGCUCCAGAGGUGGACACGAAGACGAGGGGCAAGCAGGUGAAGGUGGAGCGAGGGACGAAACCCGAGGGCGCGAGCGAGGAGCCUGUGUUUCCGAUGAUUUUGUUUAGUCAUGGAUUGGGUGGGACGAGGACGAUGUACUCGUCCGUGUGCGGGGAGUUUGCAAGUUAUGGGUUUGUCGUUUGCGCCGUGGAGCAUCGCGAUGGGUCCGGGCCGCGGACGUAUAUCAACCAUGCGAAAUCUGGGGAAGGGUCCGCGGAGGACCUCGAGAAGAGGGGACAUAUCGAUCAUUUGAAGAAGGAGCAUGAUCGUGGGUUCGAUAUUAUUGAUUAUAUCUUUCCCGAGGGGAAUCCGAAGGACACUGCGCCGAACAACGAUAAAGGUGUGGAUAUGGAGUUGAGGCAGGCGCAGAUUGAUUUGCGGAUGGCGGAGCUUGAGGAGGCGUAUGCUGUCAUGUGUGACUUGAACAAGGGGCGUGGCAAGAAGGUGGCGGAACGCAACUUGCGAAAGAAGGGGUAUAAGGGCUCCAGCAGGCAUGGUUUGGACGGCGUUCAUUGGGAGAGGUGGAAGAAUGCAAUCCACACGGACUCGGUCACGAUUUGCGGGCACAGUUUUGGAGCGGCCACAGCAGUUGAGAUGCUUCGACACACCGACCGAUUCAACUAUAUCAGCCAGGGCAUAAUCUACGACAUCUGGGGCGCCGGGACCCGGCCACGCGGCGAGACAGAUCAUAUCAUCUCCGCCCCGAUCAUUGCCAUCAACAGCGAGGCGUUCACUUACUGGCCGAGCAACUUCGAACUGGUGGCAUCGUUGGUGGAAGAAGCGCAAAGCGAACCGGACCCAUGUCCAUCGUGGCUGAUGACUCUGCGUGGUACCGUACACGUCUCGCAAUCCGACUUCUCGCUGCUAUACCCAAACGUCUGUUCGUUCUUCCUCAAAAUGGUCGCCAACCCGCGUCGAGCGCUGGAUCUGAACAUCAACGCGAGUCUGGAAUUUCUCAGCCAUACGCUUCCAGCCGAUCUCGCACAAGUCAACAGAGCUUACAAGAACGAGAACCUGUUGGAGGCGAAGCUCAGUCCUUUGGAACGUAUUCCGUCCGCAGCCAUGCACAAGCCCAAGGAGAAGUAUAUGGCCAUGAGGCUACAGAUCAAGCACGAGUGGUUGUAUCGUCUGUCGCCCAGAAUUUUCCGGCAGUUCAAGCGCUGGGAGAUGAAGCGCAAAGGGCACCCCGAACCGGCCGCGAGCGAGGAGAUCUGGCUACACACUAAGCCGACGUUGUCCAGCAUCGAAGAGUAUCUGGAAAGAACUCCUGGUCGGGAUCCCCACAAGAAGGAGGAUUUUGAUGGGUCGAUUCCCAUCUCGCACGAGAUGACGAGCGAAGGAACGCCGGUCGAGGAACAGGACCUUUCUGGUGGCCAUCAUGCGUUCGGACAGCCGCAGAUCCAUCUUGCGUCGUGA